AUGGCGUCACAGGAUUGUUGGAUUUGGCACGCGUACGUUGGUGUUGUCGGUUCAAACAACAACAUUAAUGUGUUGAACCAAUCUACUUUGUUCAAUUACUUUGAAGACGACACAGCAUCGUUGGUUCCUGUCACUGUAAAUGGAACCGAAUAUAAGUACCCUUAUUUUCUCGUGGAUGGGAUCUAUCCAAGAUAUGCAAUGUUUGUGAAAACCAUUCCUCAUCCAACCGUUAGGGAACCGACACGACAAAUGGAAGAACUCCCCAUCCGUAGGAUCAUGUAUGCGUGUUGUAUUCUUCACAACAUGAUUUUAAAAGACGAGGACCACGCAUUAUGUCCUGAUUAUACAGAUCCCUUGGUCGCGCCACAACCAUCAGAUGCUCGACUUGCAGAAAUACAAGACUCAAACGUCCAAGAAGAUCUUCGGAUGGAUCUCAUUGACCAUAUUAAUCGCACAUUCAUCCCAGGCCUCGAUUGCUAG